AUGUCCGUGAUUGCUUGGGCUUUCGGCGCCGCGCUCGUCGCCUUCAGCUGUUGGAAGCUGCUCAAGAUAUCCGGGUUACUGCAGCCAUACAUGUCGCCGCUCGGUGACAUCCCGGGGCCACCGAGCCCAAGCUUCCUGUACGGAAACAUGCAUGAGAUCCAGAACUCCGAGACCAGCAUAGUGCGCGAGCAAUGGGUCGACAUGUAUGGACCGACACUGAAGUACAAGGGCUGGUUGAACGUCGAUAGGCUAUAUACGCUCGACACCCGUGCAAUCCACCAUGUGCUCACUCACUCGCAUGAUUACCCGAAGAUGGAGCUAUCCCGCUAUUUUCUGACACAAGUCACCGGGAACGGCCUUAUAGUUGCUGAAGGCGACCUGCACCGCAAACAGAGACGCGUCAUGAACCCGGCAUUCGGCCCCACGCAGAUCCGUGGCGUGACCAAGAUCUUCGUGGAUAAGGCGCACCAGUUACGGGCGCUAUGGACCGCAACACUCGAGCUUACCGGUGGGCCGGCGCGUAUCGACGUGCUGAGCGGGCUCACCAAGGUCACACUCGACGUCAUCGGGCUUGCAGGCUUCAACAUCGACUUCGGCUCACUCAAUCCCAACGGGCAUGCUCGUCACAGCGAGCUCACGGACGCAUUCAACGUCAUGUUUGGGGCGCUCGGCGACACGCGCACGAGCCUCUUCCGCGCGAUGAAGGCAUACCUCCCGCCCUUGCGCCUGAUCCCAGACAGCACAUCAGCGCGCGUCACCGCCGCUCGAAAGGUGAUUGACCGUGUCGGAAUGCAGCUUAUUAUGGAGAAGAAGGCCGAGGUAAUCAAGGCCGAGCGGACAGGCGAGAAGGAUACUCUCCACAGCCGGGACCUGCUGACGCUCCUCAUCCGCGCCAACAUGAGCACCGACAUCCCGGAGAACCAGCGGCUCUCAGACGCGGAGGUGCUUGCCCAGAUCCCGACGUUCCUCGCCGCAGGCCACGAGACGACCUCCAACUCGACUGCGUGGUGCCUGUAUGCGCUCGCACAGCACCCCGCUGUGCAGUCAGCCCUGCGCGACGAGCUGCUGUCAGUGCCGACGGACAGUCCGAGCAUGGACGACCUGAAUGCGCUGCCAUACCUCGACGCGGUCGUGCGCGAGACCAUGCGGCUGCACGCGCCGGUGAGCUCGACGAUGCGCUACGCCGCGAAGGACGAUGUGAUCCCUCUCGCCGCGCCGUACACGGACCGGAACGGGGAGGUGUGCGAUGGCAUCCGGGUGUCGAAAGGCAGUCCCAUCAUCAUCCCGAUCCUUGCGAUGAACCGAUCGAAGGCGGUGUGGGGCGAGGAUGCGCAUGAGUUCCGCCCAGAGCGGUGGGAAAGUACCAUCGAGACGGCGCAGCACAUGCCGGGUGUGUGGGCGCACAUGAUGAGCUUCCUCGGAGGGCCGCGUGCGUGCAUCGGGUACCGCUUCUCCCUUGUUGAGAUGAAAGCGCUGAUGUUUGUGCUUGUGCGUGGGUUCGAGUUUGAGCUGGCCGUACCGAUCUGCAAGAAGCGGAUGCUUGUGCAGCGGCCGUUCGUGUCUGACGAGAUGGACAAGGGUGCGCAGCUGCCGCUGCUCGUCAAGCCGUACGUACGCGCGUGA